ACUGUCCUUUGUUCCGAGGAGAUUCAGUGUCCGACACACAUUCUCGAAUCCCCUAUAUAAGUCUUGUUUUUUUUUUUGUUUUUUUAAUUUUUAUGUUGAACUGAAAAAAAAAAGAACUUGGUUAAGUUUUGUACGAUUUGAUUUUUGCAAAUUACUGCGUAAUCAUUACAGAGGUGGCGAACCAGAAAGGAAGAGUGGUCGGUGAGAAUAGCAGGGGAGCCGGUGACGUAGACCAAGACUAUCAAGGAUCAUUGAUGUAUCAGUUGAUGAUGACGAGAGAAGACGGGUCGUCGUCUGCGGCGGUGGCGGAGGCGGUGCCGUCGUCGUCAUUGAUGUUGUCCGAUGUUUGUAGGGACAGGGAGAUGUCCGUUAUGGUUUCAGCUUUGACUCAUGUCGUAGCCGGCGAUGUGCCUGCUGAUGAUGAAGAGCUUUCAGGGAAUGAAUACUUGGAUUGGCGGUCUAACAAUAUCAACCCUUCAUUGGGAUUUUGUGGGAUAAAGAGAGGAAGGGAAGAGGUCAACGGUUGUGCUACCGGUGGUGGUGGUGUCGGACGGAUGGCGGUCGAGUCUGUUGCUAAUCUUUGUUCGCAAUUUGUCCACUUGCCACAUGGUGGCUCGUCUUCUGCUGUUGCAGGAGUGACAGAGGCAAACACCCCAGCGCAAUUGGUCCCAACAUAUGAAUACAAUAGCAACGAGAACAACAACAGAGAAGAACCAAGGAGGAGAUACAGGGGAGUCCGACAGAGACCAUGGGGUAAGUGGGCAGCGGAGAUAAGAGACCCAUUCAAAGCUGCUAGAGUUUGGUUAGGCACAUUUGACACCGCUGAGGAUGCAGCCAGAGCCUACGAUGAAGCAGCCCUUCGUUUCCGAGGCAACAAAGCCAAGCUUAACUUCCCUGAAAAUGUCAAGCUCCGAUCAGUUCCCCCCAAUCAAACAGCAACCCAUUUCCCCAUUUCCGAUUCCCCAAACACCCAUUUCUCCAUUCCUACAUCUACUGAACCAAUCGUUCACCACUCUCAGUCUCAUUACUCGGUCCCAAAUCCUCAAGUUGCCGGCGGAUAUCUUGAUUAUUCUCAGCUUUUUUUGGGUUCUUCCACCAGUAGUUUCCCAAGAGAGCAACAACUACAGCAGCUGCGGCAAAAUCAACCCAUUUAUCCAUACGAUCGAACAGUUUUGUCUUCAUCAGUAAGUUCUCGAGCACAAUCGUCUUCCUUAUCGUCGUCAUCGCCUGCUUCGCCGCCGACUUCAUAUCCUAUUGUUUUUCCGCUUCAAGCGUCGGGUUAUCAGUUCAACUUGGGUAACAGUAGUCAAGGUGGCGGUAUUGGAGAUUUUUCGGUGCAUUCUUGGUCAUCAGAUUCCUCUCAGUAUCCAUCAACCACUAAAUAAAGUCAUAUGAUUUUUGCCUUUUUGGUCAUUGUUUGCCCUAAACAAUGUGAUUAUUGUGUUUUUUUUCUUACUUCUCUUUUUGAGGGUUCGAUAUUUUAUUUGAUCUAUAUAAUUGUUUUCCGAAGUAGCAGUUUUUAUUUCUAAAAUGUUUUAUAUCAAGAGGACAAAUCUGAUUAUUUA